AUGAAGAGGGUGAAAGAAGCUUUGAAGGAGAUAAAUAUGUUUAUGUCCAAUUACAACCAAAAGUUCUGUCAGGCUAGACAAAUGUUGGAUACUGUCCAGGCUCAAAUAACCACACAACCACUAUGUCAGGCCCUGUUUGAUCAAGAAAAGAUGAUCCUUACGGAGAUGCAGAAGUGGAGCUUGGCGGAUGAGAGGGUUUUGAGGGAAAAAUCUAGGGCUUGUUGGAUUGAUUGUGGUGAUGCCAACUCCAAGUACUUUCAUGCACAACUCAAGAUAAGGGCCAACCAGAACAUUAUUUCCUCUAUCUACACUGCAGGAGGUACAAAACUUACUGACCCUUUAGCUAUUGAGCAGGAAUUUGUAUCUAUCAUAAAGAAUGGUCCAUGUCUUAACAGAGAUCAACAACUUGCUUUGAUUGCUGAGGUUAGUAGGGAAGAGAUAUUCCAAGCUAUUACAGAGAUGCCAAAGGAUAAAGCACCAGGGGUGGAUGGAUACCCAAUAGAGUUCUAUACUAAGAAUUGGGAUAUAGUGAAGGAGGACCUGUUUAAAGCUAUAAAGAAAUUCUUUAACACUGGAGUUAUGAUGAAAGCUUGGAACUGCACAGCUAUCACCUUGGGAAAAAAAAGGUCUGAGGCAAGGGAUCCCAUGUCCCCAUACCUCUUUGUGCUAGCUGUGAAGGCUGAUAUUAUCUCUAUUAUAUUAUUACAGAAGACCUUUCAGAACUUCUCAGAUGUAUCAGGAUUACAGGCCAACACAACAAAGAGUUCCAUCUACAUUGCUGGUGUAACACAUGAUGUUAAAACUGAUAUUCUUACUCAACUUGGUUUUGAUGAAGGCCAUCUUCCCUUUAAAUAUCUAGGAGUUCCUUUGUCAACAAAGAAAUUAACAAUUCAACAGUGUAUGCCAUUGGUGGAGAAGAUUACAGUUAAGUUGACUCAUAGUAUUGGUUCAUGGGAUCAAGAAUUGGAGUGGAUUUGUCAAAAGGCAAAGCAGAGAAAUCGAAUGGCUGAGAUCAUUUGCUGCACUUUUGCAAUGCUAACUGGUUGA